UGAAGCCCUAGAGCUUCUACAAUCUUGAAGAAAAUAUAUUGAGAGUGAGAGAGAGAGAGAGAGGAGGGAAUGGAUAGAGAGGUGGCGACGCUGGAGAAGGGCUCGCAGAUGCUGCAGCUGGAACUACUGCGGUCAGAGGCUGGCGGUGGGCACGGAGACGGCACCGCGUCUCCGUCCACCGACUCGCUCGACUCAUCCUCCAACUCUUCAUUCUCUCGCUCUUCUCAAUGGAAGGCGCAUGAGAGUGGAGUUACCAAUAUUGUUUGGGUUCCUCCAGAAUUUGGUGAUGCUAUUGCUUGCAUCUGCAUUGAUGGAACAUUAUCUUUGUGGGAGGAAGUUGAAGAGGAUACUCAACCACUUAUGUGGAAACAGUGUAAAGUCUUCGAAAGCGCUAGUUCAGGAGUGCUUCAAGUCCAAUUUGGGGGUUUUGCUACAAGUUUAAAAUUGGUCGCUGCAUAUACAGAUGGCCAUAUGAAGGUGUAUGAACUUAUGGACCCUUUGCAAUUGAACAAGUGGCAACUUCAGGCAGAGUUCCAGAAUGUGAUUGAUUCAGUUUGUAGAUAUGGAAAGCCAUCAUGCAUAUCUGCAUCCCUUGCAUGGAAUCCACAAAGAGGUGAAAGUCAAAAGUCAAGUUUUGUGCUCGGUUAUAAUUCAGAUCUUUCUCAAUUCAAUUCCCCCAAGAUUUGGGAGUUUGAAGAGGCUCAUCAGCGGUGGCUACCAGUUGCUGAGCUGUGUUCACCUGGAGAUGGUGAUGAUAGAGUAUAUGCUAUAGGUUGGGCACCUAAUAUAGGCAGGCCAUACGAGGUGAUAGCUGUUGCAACUUGCAAGGGGAUCACAAUAUGGCAUGUAGGAUUGACCCAUGAGUCGGAUGGAAGACUCCCAACGGAUAAGGUUGCAUUACUAGAAGGUCAUGAUGGCGAGGUUUGGCAGUUGGAAUGGGACAUGAGCGGUAUGACGUUAGCAUCUACAGGAGGCGAUCAAAUGGUUCGUUUAUGGCAGUCUGAUUUAAAUGGUGUCUGGCACGAGCAAGCAGCUCUUGAAUGCGUUGGAGGGCAACAAUAAGGCAAUCGGAUAGGGUAUCAACGGCGGAGUUGUGAAUUUUCAUCUCUUGCAUCGUGCUUGUUUUCAGGCCUUAGCAGUGUUUUGCUUCUUGUGAAGGCUUGGCAAUAUCUCAUGAUCUAUAUUCAUGUAAAAACCGAAAGAGUCAAUUAGUUAUAAAUUGAUUAUCCGUUAGAAUUCUAGAGGCUAGAGUAGUAUGGUUUUGUAUUUGAACUUCUUGUAGAAAGGGGUUUGUUUUUAUGGUUGCUAGCUGAGCGCACUUUUAGCUUCGUAUUCGGAAUUCCCAAUACCUUGUUCAGCGUUA